AUGUUUUCGUUUAAUGAGCUUACGAAAAAGAAUAAAAUUGGACAUAAGAAUAAUAACGAUAGUAAUGAUACAGAUGGGGACGAUGAUGACGACAAAGAUGAUGACGAUAACUAUGAUGGUUAUAUGUACGAGGAAAAUGAUGAUUCACGCGAUGAUAGAGAUUUAUCUGAUGAAUCAGAAAGUGACGAUGAUGGAGAUUCCGGGGACGAUUUUAUGCCUCCCAACGAAGGGAAUGAUGAUGAUGAUGAUGAUGACGAUGAUGAUGACAGUAAUGAUGGGGAUGAUGAUGAGAGUGACGAUGAGAGCGAUGAUGACGACGACUAUGAUUAUGAAGAGGAUGAGGAAGAUGAGGACCUGCCACCUGCUAAGAAGAGAAAAUAA